AUGCAGAGGCCGGCCUUGAGAGACCCUCCUCGGGAGGGUAGGCUUCCGCCUCGUUCGUUCCCUCCGUGUAACGAUGAUCCUUUUUCCUCCGGGGGAGAGGGGCGCGAGGAAGAAGGCGGUGAUUGCUCUUCGCUAUUGUCUGAAGAGUCUGCAGUCCCUUUCUAUCCCGCUCUCUCCACUGCCGCGCCCGAAUCUUCUUCCGCUAGUCUCUCGCCGCUCCCCAACUGCUCGCCGACCACCCAGCCUGCUGAAGCGAACGCAGAGAGUCGUGGAGGAAGUUUCGUGUCGUUGAGAGAUCUCUCUUACUCUGGCGAAAACUCGGAGGCCUCCGCCACACAUGCAGACCUCGCGACUUUGGGCUCUUCGGGAUUUUCCUGGGACCCCAGCGAACCAGUGAGGGUGUGCAGGAAACUCCCGCGCCACGUGGGCAGGGCCCCCGCUGUCUCCGUCCUCGACCAGUCCGGCUUCGGCGAGGACGACGGCGCGCCAGAAGGCGACAGAGCAUUCCGGAGGGAAGAGAGACGAGUGCGAGGAGAGAGAGGAGACGCGAGCAGAAGGUCCGAGGCACCUGGGUUCGACAGAGACGACGCCGCGGCUCUCAGAAGGCGUGAGGCUGGAGAGACAAGCCAGAGAGAACGGAGACGGGGCCUCAGUCCCAGCGCGAGGGAGACGGAGACACGGGGCAGCGAGAGAGGAGAGGCGGGACGCGAGGCGACGAGCUACUCGUUCGACUUUGACCGUUUUCUGGAAGAGGAAGCGAGUGCCGAGCCCGAGGGCGAAGAUGACUUUUUCGAGAUGCUCAGAGACACCCCCACACAGAUGGAAGUCGCGUCGGAGGCGGUCCACAGACUCUCUGCGUUUCUCCUGCCGAGCGACGACGAGUCUGACGGCGAUGUUUUCCGAACAUCGCAUGCACUCGACACGACUUUCCCUCUCUCUUCACCCUCCCAACUUUCUUCGGCGUCUCUGCUCUUGGGGCGGGGGCGCGAGAGCCUGUCGGAAAACGCCCUCCCGCCGCCAGACACUGCGGUCUCGGGAGAUGACGGCACAGCUCUCACGUCGCCUUUCUCCUCGUUGCCUGCUUCUUCUGGGUUGCCUGCAACACGCGACAGCUGCUCCUGCGUCAUGCGUGGAGACGCUCCUUCUCAUCGAUUUCCUUCUUCACGAGAGACAGAGAUGACGGUCGAGACACUUGACUCAAGGGAGACGUCUUUCGGCUCUCGCAGCCGCGCGUACGGAAGCGGGAAACCUGUCGCGUCUCUGCAUCUGCGAGGAGACGACUCAGAACUUCUCCUCCAAGACAAGUCGGACAAACCUUCUGUCCUCGCCGUCAGUCAAGAAAGUUUGAGUGGCGCUGAGAGCCAGCCGUCUCGGUCUCCGCCCAGAAAGAAGGCGUAUACGCACCACGAGGAGACAACGAAGGAGGCGAAGCCGCGCAUGCUCGUCGGUCUCCCUUCUCCCUUCUCUUCUCCUCGGAACUCGACCUACCUCGAUACGCACGAACGUCAACAGCCAAGCCGUUCUGCCCCUGCUUCGUGUUUUUUCUCGUCUGGCCCUACUUCGCGUUCUCGCUCUUUUCGUCGAGAGGGCACUGAGGACUCUCUCUCUCUCGAGCCUGUGCAGCUUGCGACAACGUGGUCUUCGCCCUGUCCGACUCUGAGGGAGCAGAUCCGGUCGCAGCCUUCGCGGUCCUUCCUUUCUGCAUCUCGCGACCGGUCGUCCUCACCCCACAUCGAGAGACACCACACGCGUCUUCUUCGGGACGCUUGCGUGUCGUCGCCUUCGCUGUCUCCGCAGACACGCGGCAACUCCUGGGUUCUCUCGGCGCGCUCGCGCAUACGCGAGCGCGCCCAACAAGCCACUCAACGCUCUUCUCCCCCCGCUCCUCUCUCUCCUUCGUCGCCUCCUUCGCCGUCUCGACAGGUUCCAGAGAGUUUUUGUGAGUUGGCGGCGGCAUCCAGAAGCAAAGAGCGUGGCGAGUAUCGAGACGGCGAGAGGGAAGCGUACGGUUCCCUCCACAGGUUGCGAGUAGCGAUCGAGAGCCCGGGGGUCAGCGAGGGAGAGCUCGCGUCUUCUCGUCGCUCUGAAAGAGAAGGGAGACGAAAAGAUGCGCGACCGAAAACUCGCUUUUCUUCGCCGUCGCAGUCUGCGGCGCUGUCUCUCUGUCGGAGUCGCUCGAGCACCCUCGGGUCUCGACAGAACGAGGGAGAAGAGAGCGAGGCUCCGUCGCCCUUGCCGCAGGGCCUGGGGGCCUCGCCUUAUCCUCUGUUCUUUUCUCCGUCGCUUGCGGCGCCCUUCGAGCUGGAGAGCACGCGGACGCCGCCGAAGCGGAGUUCGAGGCUCAGCGAGAAAGAGAGCUUUUUUUCGGUGAGAAAAACGUCUCCAGAAGACGCCGGUUCCCUUCUUUCGGGGCGUGUCGGAAAGCGAACGCGGCCGAGAGACUCGCCACGGGAAACGGACUCCAAGUUUUCGACUCGCGCCGCUGCCGAGGGGCCUGAAGGCGAAGGAGUCGAAGGCUCUGUUUCUCUGGACAGUCUUCGAAGCGCACAAGAACUUGAUUCCUCUUCGCUGUCUGCGCCAAGUCGCUGGCAGGAAGCCAAAGCGGCGGCGGCCGUCCCUGCUGAGGAGAGAUUCGAGAACGCAUGCUCCAGGGAGUCUCCCGCGGGGCGCCACGCAUGCAGUUUUUAUCCGGUCGUUACAGAAAACCUAGAAGAACGACAGGUGGGCUCGUCUGCUUUUGGGCAACUGUCGCGCGUCCCGCGACCAGAGUCAACUCGCUCCAGGAAGGCUUCCUCGACGGACUCGCCGAAGCCUUUGAGGUGGACCAGUGUGCCUGCAGAAGUUCUUUCAACUCUUUGCCAGUUUCUCGCAGUCGAAGAUCUCGUUGCUUUUCAGAGACUGGACCGACGCGCGUACGCUGUGGGCUCCCAUGCGACAGUUUGGCGGGCACUCUGCAUGAACGAAUGGGUGAAGGAGCAGCCCGCGCCACAGAGAAGACGCGAUCGAGAAGAAGAGGGAGAACAAGGGGAGCGAAGCGGGGACACCCGAGUCACAGGUAGCAACUUGGGUGGAGAACCAGCAGGCGCAGGAGAGCAGGGAGAAGAGGCGCAACCGGAGCAGCCACAGUCAACUUCGACAGAUGCAGGGGAGAGAGAGGAAGAGAUGACGGAGAGCACGUCGAGUGACAUGGCGCCGCGAGGGGAUGCCGCAGAGAGAGAACACUUUCAACGCGUCUGGGAGAUGUUUGCGCGGGGCGUAGAAGAGGAGAAAGAAGAGCACAAGGAGGCGGUCGUCGAGCCAUGGAGAGCGCGCAACGGGAAAUCCACCCUUCACUUUCGCGCGGGAGAAGGAGACGCGCAUGCCCAGACACGGUGCGGUCUGAGACCCGGUCAAGAAGGCGUCCAGACAGAUGCAUGCAUGCAGUCCGAGAGAGAGGUCAAGGCUCUGGAGAUGAGAAGAAGUCGCUGGCUGAAUGCCCACGCUUAUCGGAACGACUACCGGCGCCUCUAUCGCGACGGCAACGGCUGGUUUCCAUGCAGCUCUUCCCAGGGUGCAGAUCCGUCCUCGGACUCAUUCUCCUGGAGCACACCUAGAUUCUCCACCGCGAAAAUGAAACUCAAUCCUCACCUCAGCAACUCUAUGGAUACCAGGGAAGAUGCGGCAGAAAUUCUGAUCGCGAGCGAAGGUGUCGAGACACCCGGAGGCCAGAGGUCGUCGUAUAUUCGGGUCAUCGACCGGGAGAGUCUGCAGGUGGUCCAUGAACAACAGAUUCCGACGCGGAGUCUCAACUGCUUAGACAUCUGCCCAGAACUCUACGCCUGCGGAGACGACAGCGGAACGAUUCGCCUCUUCAGUCGCCGAACGCACUCUCUUCUCCAUCGCUACACAAGCGUUGGUGUGGUGAAUAUGAUGGCGAUGUAUGGGCUAGGACCUUCUCAAGAAGUGAAUGAUUUGCGGAUCUGCCGAGCAGAGCAGCAAAUCGUGUCGGUGCGGACUGCGAGUCGGUACCCCGCGGGGAUCGAAGUCGUCGACUUGCACACAGGAAAGACGACUGCGAUCACUCCAGGGAAAACGAAUGGCAACUGGAUUCACGCGCUGGAUGUGGAGCAAGACUUGUCUCUCGACUUCCCCUCGUUCAGACCUGCGCGACGCAGUCUCUUGUUCUCUCCAGACUCAGCUGCUGCUUCGUACAGUCCUCCCUGGCGCCGCAGCAGCAUCACGAGUCUCGUCGCAGUCGGAGAAAGUUCCUCUGCGGGCUGCUUCUCUCUCCUGCGACUGGAUCUGCGCUGCGGACGCCCUGUCGUCCAGGAAAUUCCGCAGACGCGCAGAAUGCUGUGGCCUCUCAGAGUGCAAGGAACUAACGUCUUCGUGAACUCUGUGUUCGCCGCCAACGAAAUGUGCGGCAGAGUUCGACAGAUCGAUUUGAGAGCGCCGUCGCCGGACAUCUGUGCACAGCAACACACGAGCGUCACAUGCCUGGCGGAGGAAGGAAGCAAACGCAUUGGCUCAUGCAUGGUGCAUCUUCUUCCUUCUCGGAAAGUGGAAGACAUUCGUGUCAUGGGCGACUUUCUGUACGCACUGACCGACGACGCGGACGGCUGCCUCCAGAUGCUCAGAUUCGAUACCAAACGCGACAGCAAGGCGCAGCUCGUCGCAGUUGUUGACGUUUUUGAUUCUUCCGAGUGGACAGAACCCCUGCGUCUCCUGCAAGUGAAUCCUCAGGGCUGGACAUGCACCUACGGAAAUUUCGUUAAGUUCGGCCGCAUCGCCGACCCCGAAGAGCCACGCUGGGGAGGGUCCGAGAUCAGCCUCGCUUCCCCGCUUUCUCUCAGUGCCAUCGACUCCAGGUCUGGAUGAAGGAUUUGGAUUUCAAGGACAACAGGGAGUCAAGACGACGUCUCGCAGCCAUGAGCUUGGCGGACGUUGCAGGAAGGAGACGAGGAACUCGUUUAUACAGACGCGCAUGCACAGAAACACAUGUACCCUCGUGCCUACUAAGCAGGCGUUAAUAGAGCAGAAACCGUGGGCGGGGAAACGAGGAUACUUCGUUUUCCGUACAAGCACGCGAGUGGCGGUCUCGGUGCAUGUAGCUGGGCAUGGGUUUCUGUGUAUGCGGAGGCGUGGCUUCUUUCAAGUGGCUUUGGAGGCAUGGACAAAGAGCUCAUCUGAACCCAAGACGGACAGACGAAAUGGAGAAGACUCGCUGUCGUCUUCCCGUCGCUCCAGCUGUUUCCGGUGUGCUCACUGUAAAUACAAACACACAUACAAAACUGACAUAUAUAAAGAUAUAUAUAUAUAUUUCUAUAUGUCUGCAUUUGUGACCGCAUAUUCAUAGUAGCAGUGCGCUGCAAGUCGGGCUUCGACUUUUGUAGGGUGUACAUACACCUGAAGCGGCGGACGCA